AUGGCGGCGGGGGCCGCGGGGCCUCGCGGCACGACGCAGGCCGGCUGUGCGUGCCUGGAGGAGUGGCGGGAUGGCAAGGGCGAGCUGCACAGCAUGCGCGGCUGCGCAAACCCAAAUGAUGACCCCUUGGGCCCGUGGUGUGCGGUGGACCCCCGGGAGUGCCUGGGAUACUAUUCCAUCAAGGCUGGUCACAACGGCAGCAUCACGUACUAUGACUACUGCGGUGACGUGAGGGAGGCGACCAACAGCGGCUGCCUGUGCUCCCCGGAAUGGCGGGCCGAGGGAUCGGGCAAAGCCGCGUACCACAACCGCUGCGCGCACCCCGACAGCGAGACAGUGCGCAAGUGCCGGGUCGACUUCGCGACCUGCCCGCCGAACUCGACCGUCGGCGCCUUUGACACCUGCGGGCCCGCGCCGCCGACACCUACGCCUGCACCCGCGCCCGCGCCUGCGCCUGCGCCCGCCGCCGCUGAGCCCGGGGAUGCGGCGGCGGCGGAGGGGGCAGAGGGGGGUGCCACUGAGCCCGCGAGCGGCGACAGCGGCGGCGGCGGCAGCAGCACCACAACCUUCAACAACUGCACGUGCAUUCAGGGGGGCUGGUGGUACCUCUACCCCCAUGGCUCCGCCGCCAGCGGCCCCAAGAACCUCACAAUCAAAGGCUGCGCCAACCCUGACGGCGACCCUGUCGGCGACUGGUGCGCCGUAGACCCGGAGAAAUGUGACAAAUUUGCCGGCUACGUGGGCGUUGACCGGGUCAACCUCUGGGCGUUUGACUACUGCAGCACGCAGGCGCCCGCCUUCAAGCAGAGGCGGGCGGCGGCCGCCUGUGGCCCGUGGCGCGUCGGCGAGUGGGGGCAGUGCGGCGGGAAGAGCAACUGCACAGAGUGGGGCUGCGCGGACGCGCGGUGGCCGGAAGCGUGUUGCGCCCAGGCGCUGGAGUGCAGGCGGCAGGACGGGUUCUAUUGGCAGUGCGUCGACCCCGCGCGCAUCGCAACCAUGACCCCGGCUGAGGCGGCCGCCGCAGCAGCAGGUGCUGGCGCGGCGCUAGGCGCGAGGACCGGCGGCGGCGGCCUGGCGGGCGGCGCGCUGCCAGCAUUGAGCGCCAACCUGCCUGGACUGCAGGCAGUCCGGCCGGGGGCGAUCGUGUACGCGCGGCUGAGGGUGGACUACCCGUAUGACCUGCUGGCGGACAGCCCAGGGGCGCAGGCGCGCUUCAAGAGCGACAUGGUGGGGUGGCUCAAGGCAGCCGCGGGCGGCGGGCGGUACGUCCAUUCCGCAGGCGUCGACGAGAUCCUCAAUGGCACCGCCGGCGGCACCGUGGCCAGCGCCGAGGUGGUCUUCACCAGCGACGCCCCUGAGGCCCUGGUGGCCUCCGCGGCGCAGCGCCUGCAGGACGGCGCAGCGGCACUCUACAAGACGUCGGCCCUGCCGUCCUGGGGGCCGCUCCUGGCCAUCCAGUCGGCCGCCUCCAAAAUCGCCCUCUCCGCCGCCGACGGCGCCGCCGCCGCGUCCGCCGCACCAUUUGGCGUCGGGGCAACGGCCACCGGCGUGGGGCGGGCCCGCGGCAAGGGCGGCGCAGAGCUGGGGCCGGGGGCGAUCGGCGGGAUUGCCGCCGGCUGCGCGUUCGUGGUGGCGCUCGCCGUGUUCGCGGUUUCCGAGGGGCUGCGGCGCAACCUCGGGAAGGACAAGGACAAGAGCGCGCAGCUGGACUACCUCGUCGAUCGCGCGGAGGGCGAUCUGGGCGGCGGCGACAGCGCGGGAGUUGAUGAGGCGGGCGGGCAGCCGAGGCUGUGGACUUGGCUGGGCGGCACCAACAGCGGCGGCGGCGCGAUCGAUCUGCAGAAGCUGGGCAUCGUGCUGCCCCCACCACUGCUGACCGGGGCCGCCGCGGCGGCUGCGGGCGCCAGCGUAGCAGCCAGCGAGGCGACGGGCGGAAACCAACUAAGCAGUGCGCCCGCCGUGAUGGCCGCCAGAGCGCCCCAAGCCGCCGCGGCCGAGCCAGAGGCGGCGUUCUUGCAGCUGCCCGACGGGGAGGCCACCCGCCACUCCACCUCGGGCGGCGGCGUCGCCUACGCCAGCCUGAAGCAGCGGCGCAUCAGCGCCAGCACAGGCGGCUCGGGCGGGCUCGCGCGCGCGUACGCCGGGAGCGGCAGCAGUGUCGGCGGCGGCGGCAGUGGCGGCAGCGGCGGCAGCGGCGGCAGCGGCGGUGGUGGUUACUUUGGGUCGACGCUCGGGCGGCUCGGCGGCACGGUCGCUGCUUACGUGUCUGGGGGCGGCGCGGCGCCGAGCUUGCCCGUGCCCGGCAAGGACCGCUGA